UCACCUUAUCGCAAGAUAUGAAACUUUCCUAUUUAAAGGUGAUUCCAUCGUUUUAUUUAUUCAGUUGUACGGUAAACAUUACAGUAUUCGGUAGCAAAAUCUACACAUCGUAAAAAUGUUCGUACUUAGAAUUGCCACACUAUCGGCAACACUACUCGCACUGUUCCCAUCGAACGCCCUGGCGCAGCAGAUCCAGUGUCAUCCCACCCAUACGCAUGUCAUGGACGAUCCCAGUGCAUGCUACCGUUACAUCUCGUGUUACCAGGGGCAGGCCUUUCCGAUGACGUGCCCUCCGGGAUUUAAGUUUGUGCUAGAACUGCAAGCGUGCUACCCCGCUCCGGUGGAGGAGUGUUUCCCAUGCCCCGAGACGGGGACCAGCUUCUUCCCGCAUCCGAAUUCGUGCCAGAAAUAUGUGACGUGCUAUAUGGGGGCAGCCUACGAAAUGUCGUGCCCUGAUGGAUAUUUGUUUGAUCCGGCUGCCGAGAUGUGUGAUCAUGAGGCCUAUGUUGAUUGUACGAUUUAGGGACUUUGGUUUGAGUUAUAAAACUAGGUAGAAGUGUCUACGAUAGCAGUAAAAUAUUUUAAAAGUGGGAUAAUAUGAUGGUGGUUUAUCAAAUAAUUAAUUUGAGAACAAAUCAGAAGUGUCAGCAUAGGCAAAUAGUGGCAAUUGACAAUUGAUUCGAACCACGGCAUCUUAUUUGCUAGACAAGCGCUUUAACCAACUAUGUCACAGAGAUUAUCGACAAAUAACCAAACAUGUAUACCUGAAACUCUCUUGAAAUUAAGAUGAAUGUUCAAUGAUAUUACCUAAAUAAAAGAAAUGGCAAAUCUUUUUGCAUGAGACCAUAAAAAAUUAAGAGAACAUUUCGAUGAUCGCAA